CCCCGGCCGCUGUGCCUGCAGGUCGAGGGUUUCCGCCGCGCCGUGGCCCCCAUCAUGGCCAACGCGGCCGCCGGCGUCCACCUGCUCUGCUACAGCCAGGAUACCGGGGACCUUCCGGGGACCUUCCUGGGUAUCAGGGACCUUCUGGGGACCUUCCGGGGUACCGGGGGGCUUCCGGGGACCUUCUGGGGUGCCAGGGGCUUCCAGGGACCUUCCCGGGUACCGGGGACCUUCCUGGGGACCUUCCGGGGUAUUGGGGCCUUUGGGGGUAUUGGGGACCUUCCCGGGUACUGGGGACUUCUGGGGACCUUCCCGGGGUCCUCCAGGGACCUUCCCGGGUACCAGGGCCCUCCGGGACCUUCUGGGGACCUUCCUGGGGCCUUUGGGGACACCAGGGACCUCCUGGGGUACUGGGCCCUUCCCGGACGCUGGGCCCUUCCCCGGACGCCCGGGCCCUUCCCGGACCCUGGGGCCCUUCCCGGACGCCUGGGCCCUUCCCGGACGCCCGGGCCCUUCCCGGACCCUGGGGCCCUUCCCGGACGCCUGGGCCCCCUUUACACCCGCUACCUGCGCUGGUUGUUCCCGCGACACAUGAAGUCCAACCUGUACCGACUGUGCUACACCCCGCUGGGCCAGGACGUGUCCGUGUGUAACUACUGGAACGAUCCGCACCACCGCGACCUCUACCUGAACAGCAGCGACUUCCUGGCCGUGCUCAACGACGAGCGGCUCAACCCCAACGCCAGCGCCUGGAAGCGGAACCUGCUCCGGAUCCAGAACCUCGUCCUGAUCGGGGGCCCCGACGACGGCGUCAUCACCCCGUGGCAGAGCAGCCUCUUCGCCUUCUACGACGCCAACGAGACCGUGCGGGAGAUGCGGGCACAGGCG